AUGUUCCACCAGGAAGCUAGUCAGCUUCGGGCUGAGGCCCUGCGUGCCAGGUGUUGCCAGCUGUGGGGCUGAGCCGUGUGGAGGUUUGCUUGUUGCUUUGCCUUAGAGCUAGGUGUCCUGUCUCCCGCCGCCGCGCUAGGUAAGGUUUGUGCUCUUCCUCUUUCUUUGGGCUGCAGUCAGGGAGGUCAUAGUGUUCCUUUUCUUCCGUGCGUUGGUGGAGCUUCUCGAGAUGAGGUUAGGGUCUGAGGCCUCUGACUCCAGCUGCCCCGUCCACCUGGGUAGGUGUCCCUGUCCCUCUGCCACUGCGCCUCCGCUUGUUCUGUCUCCUUCACAUCUUUGAGGUGGACCGGAGCCAGCCGCCAGCGCCCUCUGCUGGUGGACGGUGAGAGCGCGGGAGCCUGCGGGCCAAGCUUGCUUUUCCAGGGAGGCUGGCAAGGGGUGGGUCUCCUGCUCCAAGGCUGACGGGGUGGCCUUGGUGCCCAGAUGCUCCGAAGAGCCAUUGUAGGGCCUCUUUGGGCUCCAGCCCAGUUCUGGUGGUGCAGGCGUAGGGGGGUACUCCAGUUACCUGCUUCUGGAAAAUCAUGAAGUUGGUACGAAGGCCUUGGCUCCCAUUCUGUUGGGAUUUGGAGUGAGAGUAGGGGUUUAUGUGGCUCAAUUAUGGGAGAACAACAGAGACUGAUAAGUAGUUACUUACACAUUUUUACGGAUUUCUACCUUGGUAACCCUCUCUUCAGAUGAAGAAAACCAAGACUUGUCCAUUUACAAUUGUCCCCGUCUUCUGCACUGAAACAGCAAAUAAUCUUUCCCACAGAUUCUGUAGGACAUUUAAGAAGCUGUCAUGUGUUUCAUUUGAAUGAGAGAAUUCACUGUUUAACCUCGAAGUUUUGUUUCAGUUUCUCUUUAUUACCCAUUCUCUUCUCAAUAUGGUCUCCACAGCUACCGGAAUGUCUUUAAGGAUUGCAAAGAAACAAAGAACACUUGAAAAGCUUUGUCUUCUCUCUUUUCCUUUAUGUUCUGGGCUGGACAUCCACCUCCCUUUUGUUUUGGCUUUCGCUUGAGAUUCUGUGGGGUUCCACAACACACUGCCUGAAAACACAAAACAAAACCACAACACUGACUAAAAACAAAACAGAAAAAACCCAAAUCCCAUUCACCUCUGACCUUUUGAAAUUAACAAAUACAAGUGGCCAAACCUGCCCCCUCCUGGCCCGUUUCUCUCCAGCCUUCACUCCAUCCUGAGUGCUGGUCAGGCCAUAUUCAUCCUGGCGUUUCUCCCUGGGCCACCCAGACCCUCCAGGAUGAGCUCUCAUCCUGCGGUCAGUCACAUCAAGACUUGAAUUUCCUUCUCCUUCACAAGAGCUGCUCGGCACCUGCCCAGAACCCCAGCAAGACUCCUUCCAUUCUUUUGGGCAAGGGCAGGUUAUGGGGAAGCUGUCAAGCCAGUGCAGCUCAGGACCACCCCCCUCCCCAGCCUGCAUACCUCCUGGCUCUAGCCUGGGCUGCUUGAGAGCCGCUGCCUUGCUGUCCGAGCUCUCUGCUCUGUGCUUACUGCCUCUGCCAGGCCUGGGAACAUGGCUUUCAAAGCACUCUUUAGUCGUUGACUUCAGCCUGUCCGGAUCCCACAGCUCCGGUUUUCUAUUCCCACUUGGACUUCUCUCCCUUCAAACAGAAAGCUGCUCGUGCAGAAGCAAAGGUUUCCUGUUCCUCAGACCUCAUAUUUCAGCCGGUGAUGGGAACAGAUUUUAGGGAGACAAAUACGGAGGGAGCGAUUUCACUAAGAAUAAGUAUUUUCUGUUCCUUUAUUCACAAAACCAAACAGUGCUUCACCAGUUAGAACUGGGUUUGCCUGGCUCACAACUUGAGAGCAGAGGAACCUGGAGGUCAGCAGUUCUAAUACUUUUCGCAGAACCAGAGAAGCAGGGCCUGCCCCCCACUCCCACCCGGUGUUGCCCUCCGGAAAAGACUGUAGGCAGAGUUCAGGUUCAGCCUGCAGCUAGAUGACCCUAGUGCACAAUGGGUUGGUUUUGUGACUUGAAACCAUGGAUUUAUCUCCUUAAGCCGUGAUUGAGUGAAACAUUCCCGGCCCAGCAGGUGAAAGCGCUUUAGAAACCCCAAGUGCCACACAACUGGAAGAGAGCUUCAGGGACCUGACUCCCCAAGCUUGGGCUGGAGCUCCCCUCUUGUGCACCUCUCGUGUAUGGAGGGUCAUUACCAUUAGCAGAUUUGUUAUAAAUCACAGUUCAAAGGGCUGUCUUGAUAAUGGCACAUUUUGGGGUCAGACGGUCAAUUCUGAUCAUCCUUUUACCUUGAAGUGCGGCAAAAGAAGGUUCACCUGUGACUGCUUGUGCUUGUGCUUGUCAUGUCUGUGACCUGGAGGUUUCUUUGCUGUAAGCUGAGUUUGAUUUUAACUAAAACUAGAUGCUAGCUCCACGUGUCCACGUUAGUGCUUGGCACCAGGCUGAACACAGACCACCGAGGACACCUGGGAAGCUUUGUGGAGCUCUUGCAGAGGGAGCACCUGGCCACCGAUCUGAAUGUUGAGUAUUAGUGACACCUACUUCCUUUAAGAUGACAUAUGAACAGGCUUUUUUUUCUUGCACCCAAGGGGCUCACCUUGUCCCCCUCCCCCUGGGAUGUGGACCCCCCCCCCAGGGAGAGUUGACCUUGAUCCCUGUGGGAAUCCUGAGCUUUAAAAAAGGCAGACCCUCCUCCCCCAUCCUAAUUUCUCUCUUGGGGGGGCCAGGAAUUGACACCCUAAUAAAGACUGCCUAGCAGACCUCCAGUGGAGCCGUGUUUGGGGACCAUUAAAGAAAAAAAUAUUAAAUAGAAAAUCAUUCAUGACUCUUGUUAAAAACAUCAAGGCAGACUUUAUUCAAGGGCGGAUACUACAGUGGGGUUUUGUAGUAGGGGAGAGCCAUCAGUCGAUACAGCCAGGAGAAGGGACUUGGUAGCUAAGGAGCAGGGUGGGGUCAGUGGGUGGAAAGUUGCUAAGAGGAAACACAGGGAGUAAGGAGGGUGGAGGGAGGAGGGCUCUGGCUAAACUCAGCGCUAGGAUUCUUGCUGAAGGCAAUCUCAGUGAUCAGACAUCACCCGGAAGAUGGUGAAAGAUGAGGAGGCCGCCCAAAUGUGAAGGCAGUCAGGAUUGGGGCUGGGGGGUCCUGGCUAAAAUGGCUUGGAAUUGCAGUGUGACACACAGACCUGUAAUUCCUGGUGUGAUGAGAGUGGAGUUUGCUGUCCUGAAUUCAAAACGCAAGUCAUUAAGCCUGGGCUCUGACUCAUCUUCAGGAGAGAAAAGAGAGAUGGGAGACUUAAAAUCUUGGGAUAAAAAGAGGGUCCUUCCCACAUGGAUGACAGCCCAGGAGGCCGAGAAGAGAAAGGUGGCAGUGAAGACCCCCAAGGGGAGGAGGCCGGCAGCUCAGGGGGCUGCCACAGCAAGACUUGCCACAGCGAGGACCGUGUACUGCAUGAAUGAAGCUGAAAUGGUAGACGUCGCCCUGGGGAUCCUGGUUGAGGCCCGGAAACAGGAAAAGCCCUUGGAGUCUCCAACACUGGUGGGCGCUGAUAAGCCAGAGCUGUCCCCAAUCCGCUCAGCAUCGUCACCAGGAUCUAUUGGGAGUAGAAGUGAGGAUGAGGACAUUGGGAAAGACGCCCGUCCUCCAGGCCUUAGCCCUCCUCAGGGGCCCCCAGGGUCUGACUCUGCGUGCAGCGGGAGCCCUGAGGACGAUGAGGACAUGUUAAAAUAUGUCAGGGAAAUAUUUUUCAGCUAAGGGACAAAAGUCCCCAAGACUUUUACACAGGCCGCUGGAGGAAGCUGGCCUCCCCUCCCGGCCUGGGACCUGCCCAAGGAUGCCGACGCCGCCCAGCCCUCCCCUCCCUGGGCUGGCAGAUGCACCGCGGAGGGGAAGCCCAGGAGGCUCUGGGCCUUGGGACCUGUCAUGCUGAGUGUGUGGAAAUGAGGAGCCAAGAUGAGCUUCUGUUAGAAUUUCUCUCUGCACUGAGCCUCCUCUGCUCGGAGGGUCUGACUUUAUUCACUUCCCAGGUUCAGGGAAAGGUGGACAUGGGGGUCACACUUAUUGGAACCAAAGAGUCAACUUAGUAACUUUGAAAGAAGAAAGAGUACGGCUGCAAAGUUCACUGGAAGCCUGACUGUUUCGUCAGGGUGAUCUCUCCCUGCAGAGGAAGCUUGUUCUAAACCAAGUUCCCCUCAACUGUGCAGCCCGGGAGGCAGGUGUCCUGCCCGCGGUGCCCUGCUCUGCCUGGGCUCUGCCCCCCCCCCCCCCGCUCUC